AUGGCGCAACUUUCUGCAAAUGGUGAAUCAGACCGUCCCGAUUCCCCCUUAUCAGUCGAAGCCAUCGAAGAAAGCUUCAGAAGCCUCAGACUCAUGCCUAACCUCACGUCGGCAAUCAUCCAAGCCCUCCUCAACAUCUCAAUCGCGGAUGCCACAGCUUCCUCCCUCGACAAUGCAACCCCAAUUGCCACCACUCAGACGUGCGGCGCGGAAAACCGUGACACCUUUUCCGUGCCAGAAACAUACAGAGAGGAGGCGGUGACUACUGCUCCAGCAACCUUUCGUGUUUUGUCUCCUGCUGUGGCCGCUGCUCCCAUUGUGAUCAGACACGCUGUUUCCACUCCUGCUGCACGCGAUGUUCUCGCUCCUAUUGCCAAUCCCGCUGCAAUCCAAUCCAUCGUUUCAUCUGCCAUUGUAACCGCCACAACCGCACAGAUCGCGACGCCGACUGCAGAUGCACCUGUUGCGGUUCCCGGCGCAGGAUCCGCUGUUGUUACUCUGGCUACAGCUGCUCCCACUGUUGCAACCCAAGCCACGCUGACUGGAGCCGCGUCUGUUGUUGCAACGCCUACCGUUGGGACGCCCACUGUGGCCGCGCCAACCUCAACGACGGCUCCUGCGGUCAAUUACCAUUUGCCCGCUGCCGGAGCUGCAGGACCCUAUUACUGCGUUACUCGCGGGAGGGACAUUGGUGUUUACGCAGGGUGGGAGCAUGUUUCUCCCCUCGUCAUUGGGGUCUCGCGUGCAGUCUUUGGCCGCGUCGACAGUAUUCAGGAAGGGCAGAAUCACAUGGAUGCAGCAGAGAGCGCUGGGCUCACGGCGAGACUCUGA